UGGCAACACUGUCUAUGUACAGUGCGCAUGUCGUAUUCGUCAUUCAUCUUCACUGUGGCCGACAUCUCGAAAUUAUAUAGAAAACUAAAAUCUGCUGAUUUUCCCUUGACAAUUUACAAAUUUAAUACAAAAUGCCUAACCAAGUGUUAACUAUAGAGCCGCAAAAUGAACUCAAGUUCAAAGUUGAUUAUACAGGACUGUUCGAGUUGGGCCACACAACAUAUAUGCAGUUGACGAAUCCCUCAGAGCACACUGUUUUGUUCAAAAUCAAGACCACAGCACCAAAGAAGUACUGUGUUCGCCCUAAUUCUGGAGUGCUGAAUCCUAAUUCUAAAGUGGAUAUAGCCAUUACUCCGCAGCCUGUCCAUGUUGAUAACAAUGAGAAGCAUAAACACAAGUUUAUGGUGCAAAGCGUGAUUGCUCCAGAAGGGAAGACUAACAUAGAUCAAGUGUGGAAGGAAAUAAGCCCUGAUCAGCUUAUGGAUUACAAACUGAAGUGCGUUUUCGAGUCACCGAGAGGUGCCAAUCUUAAUGAUUCCGGCGACACCGCACCAUCUGAUAUAAUCAAGAAGAGGGCCCCAGCUGAAGAUGCUAAGUCAUUAACGAAGGAUGCCGAAGGUCCCAUCCAGAAUGAAGCUAAGAGGAAGGAUGAGCACACGCCGAUAUCUCCUAACGCGAAGACGACAUCUUUCCCAAAAUCUGAAAACCUCGAAAGCGAUUUGCAAAAGGCGACGAACGAAGUCAUUCAUUUGAGAGAGGAAGAAAGCAAAUUAAGACAUGAAAAUCUGCGAUUAAAAGAAGAAUUGCUGCGCCUCCACCAGGGCGGCGAGGCUCGCAUGCAACGCGGCCACUCCUACGGGCCGGAGAAGACUGAGCAGAUGGCGUUGAUGCCGUGGAUCGCCACCGCCAUUGGCAUGGCGCUGCUCGGUAUUAUCAUCGGCAAGUUCCUCAUGUGAACGCUGCCACGCGACGCCGCGGCGAUCCGACGCCACCUCACAGAUGCCGCUGUUGCAACACUCCCAACGCAUCCCUCACAUAGGCAGCUUAACAUUUUUAUUACUAGCCACUUCUACCUUUAAAGGACUCUCUGAAAUGAGUGCGUUCACGCACUGCAAUGCUCGGACAACACAGCUCUGGUUCGGUCCCAUCUCGAUUUCAGUUUUACAUUUGGACCAACAGUUUGUCCUAAUGAAAUCGAUAGAUAACAAACAAAACUGACGAGUGCGUUUCGCAACGCAAUACUUUAAUUUUUUUUAAUGUUAAAACUUAGUAGGCCAAUGUUUAUAGGUCGUAUUUUGGAACUUGAACCAGACCUUGUGAGCCUAAGCCGAACAAUCAUUUAAUAUGCGAGCAGUAUCUGUUACAGAAAUAGCAUAGAAGUUUAAAGGUGUUCCAUGGAUACUGAAACCGUAAUGUUAGGCCAAGAAUGGCCAUUUCACCCUAACGCAUAUACUGACUCCAUUCCAUCGUUAGUAAAAAAGACAGGUUCAAGUGCAAAAUUAAACAAAUUCCUGAACAAGCUAAGCUUGAAAUGACCUCAUGUCACUCUUAUGCUUUGACAAGUAAAUAUAGUUCUUUUAAUUUAUUCAAAUAAAUUCUUUAAUUAACGCUGAUAUUUUUUUGAAAACAGAAGCGAGCACCAGUUACUGCUCGCAUAGCGCGAACUACGUAUACUGUGAGGUUAAUUAUGUUCUCUAAUUAUUAUUCACAUGAUUAUGUGAAAAAUUUAUUUAGUUUAGAUUUGGAUUUAUAGGGUACAUGACUAUUGCGAAAAAGUCACUCUUUUUGAUGUAUACAAUAUACAUAAUGAGAAAUAAUGCAUACAUAGGAAUAUGUAUAACAGUGGAACCUCUUUUUAACCUUUUUGAACUAUAAGUCAUUUAUAAAUUGUAAUUGAAUAAUCUAAAACUUAUCUCGAGAUCCUCAAUAAGUCAAAGAUUCAUUGAAAUUCGAAAUUUGUAACCUUUCCCUUAAAGUUUGAGUUAAAGAGGCUCCACUGUAUUUUAAAAGAUUUUCUGUACGGAUAUAAGCCAGUGUUGCUUUACGAAUAACUUAUAUACACGAUAGCUUGAAAACACAAUUUCAAGGGCACACAAAUUAUGAAAUGAAAAUUUAGUUUGAAAAACUAAGUAGUUUUACAAUUGUCAUUUAACUAAGUUAAGUUAAUGAAUUUUAAGUACCUACCGCAAACUUUACUUCUACUUGCGUCGCGUUAUUUGUGCUGUAUUGUAUACCUUUGGGUAAUUACAAUGUUGUAAUUUUUUCUUUUUUGAGUGUUUGUUUUUGCAAUAUUUAAAAAUGUCAUGUACCCAAAGAUACCCAAUUGCUGUGGAAAAUACAAAUACUGCCUUCUUUUGUAUGAAUGAUAGAUUGUUUAGAAAUUCAAUAAUUUCAUAAUGGUAAGAUCUUUAAGUUCAUUCUUUUUAUUUUAUUUUAAUUCAAUACUAUAUAUUUAAAUCUGACAUAUAUAUAUAUAUAUCUAUGGAUGAUAAAUAAAUGAAAAUUAUGUUACAAGAUAUUUUAUUAAGUUUUUUUAAUAAGGUCUUAUUUGGUAUAUGUAUAAAUCUAUCAUAUCAUUGUGAUUUGAUGUAUAAACAAGUGAGCACAAUGACACAAUACACCUCCAGAAUCAUUUCAUGAGUGUUCGCAAUAAUUUUAGACUUGAAUAAUUUUCGCUAUAAUGUUAAAACAUUACAAUUACUAUUGUAUUCCAUAUAUUUUUAUUUUUAAUUUUAUUUAAUGACAUGAAUUACUUAAUAAUAUAACUAUUAUUAAAAUUUGGCAAUGUUUAAUUAUUUUUUAGUUUGACGAGGUUUUCCAAUACUAAUAAAAUAUUUGGACAAUCAAUUUGGUGAUAGAAUAAUAAAAAUUAUUGACUAUUAGAAGUUAGCAAUAAAAAAUUGACGUUUUUUAUUUACUGUAGAAUUUUCAACUAAGCAAAGAUUUAACAGGAGCUUUAUGAAAUUGUAAAAUAAUGUAAUUCCGUUUUUAAAAUAUACUUACUUUAAAUACGGAAUCAUUAUUUUACAAUAGUAAUUUUUCGGAAAAUUCUGGCAGUCCAAGAAACAUCAAUUUGCUUUGUUUAAUUAUCAAUAAUUCUCUGUAAGGGUCACCAAUCAACACUGCUGCGCUGUGCUGUGCUCAGCUAAGCUGAUUUUCUAGUGCUAUGCUUUUCCUACAAACAAUGUUUAGCUGCACGGUAUGCUGUGUGACUGCGAUAGCGCGACAUGCAUCAGUACAAGUGCAAGCGAGAUAGACGGAAAGACUGAGCGAGAUGGCAAUGCGAUGACGAGCGACUCAGCAUAUAUCGAUAGCUAUGUUUUAAAUACAGCAUAGCCGUAGAAAGUGCACUGCAGUUCAGUGUCGAUUGGUCACCCUAAUUAUGAUAUUAAUUGACAUUUUAUAUUUUGACAUUAGUUUACUAAUUAUUAAUUAUAUUUAUUUAUCCGAAAUAAUAUCGAUAACAUGUAUAAUUAUUAUUAUAAUUUAUUUCUAUUGACAUUUCAUACCUAUUAUAAAAUAAUUUUAAUUAUAUUAAUUAAAUAUAUUAUUCGAAAUGAUACUGUUAGCAAUAUUGCCUUUGCCUAGAGUUGAAUUAAAAAAAAGAAGACAAUUGGCGGCAGAUGGCAAAAUGGCGGAAAGGAGAGUGGUGGUUAUUGAUUCGAAGCAGAAAAGAUUGGAAUUUGUUAAUAUGUUUUCAAGAAGUUAGUAGUUUAGAAUUAAAGAUGAAGUUUAUUAUGUAUUGUAUAGCUACGGAAUAAAGUCAGUUCUUAUGAGUUGAGGUUAUUUAUUAAUAAUAAUAUGUAAUUAGGACCAUCGAUUUACAAUUGCUACUAGAUUACAGAUCACAAAACAAAACUCAUUGCUCAAGUGACCACGUUUGCACACAUGCACACCUAUGUAUCUUAUUACGAAAUGUAGAAAAAGAUUUACAAUGUUAACAACUUAAGUUUGUUGUAAACCGUAACCUCUGAAAUCUUGGUUUUACAGAGGAUAACGUGGAAUUGUUAAAUGCAUGUUGGACCAUACUGACAUCUUAACGUUGGCUAUGAUUGUAUCGUACCAAUUCGAUAUAAAGUCGCACUAUUAUUUUGCAACCUUAUUUUUCGGGCCGUUUUCGAUACUUAUUGCCAAUCCCGUAGUAAUUGUAGGUCAAUGAAGAUUAGGGCAGAUUCUUGUAAUAAUUUUAUUCUCAUCGUCCACUUUCGCCGUAACUUCCGCCAUUCUUAUAAUAAAACAAUGUGGCUAAAUAAUAAUAAUGAUGCUUUUAUAUUAAUGAAAUGAGUCUGAUGACCUCAUGUUUUGGACUUUUAUCAAAAGCGUUUAACGUUACCUCUUACGUUAAUUUUCUUUUUUUUUUUCAUAUAAGAAGUAGUUAUUGUAUUUUAUUUAGUACUUACAACGAACUUUUUUAUGCUUAUGUUAUAUUUUUUAAGAAUACAUUGUUAUUGUUUUAUUUGAAAUUACAAAAUUCUGUAAUAACUGCUCUCAAGGAUUCGUUUUUAUUUUUCACAAGUUUGUUUUCAGUAUUUUAUAAGAUGGAAUCGAAAUCGCCAUUUUGCUAUUUUGGUAUUUCACAACUUGAAAUCGUUACGACAAAAUUUGCAAAGGAUACUUUUGAACUGAGAUUAGUUAUAUAUUUAAAACUGAUAGUAAAGUAUGAUCUUUACAUAGACUCAAUACGAUGUAGAAUUAUCUGAGAACUAUCUUGCGUAAAUGUCAUGAAAAUGAGCAUGUAAGUCCAAUAUUGUAUCAUACUGUACAAAUAUCCAUAGUUUUUGCUAACCAUCAGCUCAUACUGACCAUACAAAAUCUUGAAUCUACACUGAUCUAUUCAAAUGUACAAUCAGUUGUUACAAUGUGGCGUAUUUUAUGUAUUAUUGCGUUGCUGAUAAGAACACAUUCAUUUUUGGCCAAAUAAUAAUUUUUUAAAUAGGUAUCGAAUAAUUUGAGCAAAAUUAAUUAAGACAGCCUUUGCCUUGUGAAUUAACCUUGAGAGCUUCAGUCAGUAUAAUGCGAACACCUCGUGCAAGAAAUGUGCACAGUGUAAACGUAACAUUUUGGUUACUUAAAAUGUAUUGAUGUUAUUACGCAGGUUUUAAUACAGUGGUCUUCGAAAUUCUCUUGUCGAAAGGAACUUUGAUUACUUUAUCAGUUAUUCAUAUGAAUGUGACAUAUAGAUUUUCUACUAUUAUAUUUUUUCCUACAAUUAGUAUGUGUAAGUUGUCGAUAUCAAUGAAUAAGCAGCCAGUGAGAGAAUCGCUUUUAAAAAAUAUAAAAGUAUUAUAAGCACCUCUUGAGGUUCUUAAAUAAUAUCAUUCUUAAUUUGGUGGUGUCAUGUAAAUUAUCUUUUAUGGGAGAUGAUGUACCUAUUGGGAAAAUGCUAUUCGUGCAUAAAUCUGUAGGGCUUUUUUUUACAAUAGAUACAUUUGAAUUAAAUUUAACGUAUGGUAUUGUUGAUAUAUUAAACUAUUAUGCUAUAUUGUAUCGUUUUCUGAAAUAAAUUAAUUUAUUUGGAAUGUA